UAACCUGCGAGAUUUGCGGUAUUAGGCUAAAUCGCGCAGUAAACUACGCUACUUUAAGCUUUGACUUGAGGUCUGAGAAUGCUUCCUUUCUCUGCAAAAUGCAAUCCAAUCCCAAACAAAACUGAAUCAUUUUCUUGUUUCUGCAACAACUAACAAGGAGACAAAAAAAAUGGAGGCAGAACAUCACCAAGAUACCUCAACCGCAAUCGAAAGCCUUUACGUUAAAGUGAUGACCGACGAACAAAUGGAACUGCUCCGGCAACAGAUAUCCGUCUACGCCACCAUCUGCGAACAGCUUGUAGAGAUGCACAAAGCAGUAACCACCCAGCAAGACCUCGCAGGGCUGAGGCUGGGUAAUUUGUACUGUGAUCCGUUGAUGGCGUGUUCUGGACACAAGAUAACGGCGAGGCAGCGUUGGACUCCGACGCCUCUGCAGCUUCAAAUUCUGGAGCGAAUUUUCGAUGAGGGAAAUGGCACUCCGAGUAAGCAGAAGAUCAAGGAGAUAACCACCGAACUGGGGCAACACGGCCAAAUAUCAGAGACGAAUGUGUAUAACUGGUUCCAGAACAGAAGGGCUCGUUCGAAGAGGAAGCAACUCGCUCCCGCCGCGCCGGAGCCAGAAGCCGAGGCGGAAGUUGAGUCUCCGAGAGAGAAAAAGAUACGCGCCGCCGAGAGCGUUCAGGUUGUUCAACCCUUUGAGAAUUCAUCACCUCAUAGGAUGAAGGACAUGUACAUCCACAGUCCUGACUUAGGAUUUGACCAAUUGCUGAGUAAAAUAGAAGUUGCAGGCUGUUACAGCUCUUAUUUUCUUUGACAGAAUCUGUGGAAUGCAUGGGUUGAAGACUCUUCACUUUUUCAGUUCAUCAUCACCCAAACACUAGUCUCCUUUUGUAUUGUUUUGAUACUUGAUAUAUAACAUUAGUUAUUUGAUGUUAUUUUAAAUAUUAGUAUAUAGUUAUUUAUACUGACAAAUGGCAAGAAGAGUUAAUUAUUCCUUCUUCAUGGAAUCAAAAUUUAGUAGUGAGUGUGAGUUGUGCA